AGGAAAAACAAAAAGUCGAGAAAGAACAAAAGUUAGACCAAGAAAAGGGCAUAAUUAGACAGGCAUUUGCGGAAGUGGCUCAGAUAAGGGCCAAGGAAACCAACCCCGCUACUUUUACUAAGCAAGAUUAUCAAAAAAUUAAGAAUUGGCAAAAAAAAUUAGGCAAAUUGUCAAAAGAAAAAAUUGCUGAUGAUUUUGUGGUUGCGGAUAUUCAAGACCUCCAAAACUCUCUUCAAGAAUUAGAAAAAUUGUGUAAUCAGGCGGUUAAAAGCG